UUUUCCUGUAAAUUUUGAAAAUGUUGGAGUUGUGAACCCGAUAAUUUGCUUAUUUGAGUCGAAGUUUGUGCCGAUGGAUAGCCCACCGACCCCAGGCGACAUCCAGUUCCAACUUGUUUCUGAUUGAUGUCGGAUACCUAACGUCCGCAAUGGGGUUCUUUUACUGGUUAUACUGCCUCAUCUACUACUGUUUUGUCGACUUUCUCUGCAUCAUUGUGGUGGAUUUGUGUGUAAAGGCAGUGCUGAGAGAAGCCAGUGAUGAGCGUCAGAAACAGAAGAUCUGGUUGUACGAGUCUCUGGUGCUGUCCAUGCUGAGUGUGGUGGUGUUCCUAGCCAGCCAUUGCCCCUACCUCUUGCUUCUCUUCACCCUGGUCACCUUCAUGUACACGCAGCUCUCCAGCCAUGUCGACCUCCGCUACUGGUGGGCGUCAAUGAUGAACCGAUGGGACGAGUUCCAACAGCAUGAACAGAGCAUGGAGGAGUUCAGUAAACGAUUACAACAUGUACAACAGCAGCAGCAAAUGAUGCAGCAGAGUGGUUCACCGGGCAUGUAUAACCUGAAUAACCGCUCACAACGUUUCAUGGCAAACCCACAGGUGUUUAACCCAUAUAUUCAUGUCAGUCCACGGCGACCGUUGCGACAGGAUAUGUCCCCGCCGUACCGCAUGGCAACAAGGAAUGCACCUGCAGAGUUUACAAAUGUUCCAGGAUUACGUUACCGUAACUUUGACUUGAACAGAUACACACAACCUUGUAACCAGGUCCCGCAGCAGAAUGCCUGGGAACAGAACCAACAAAUUCAACCACCAGUUCAGGUACCAUCUGGAUCUGAGGUAGCAUCAUCUGAGGGGACGAAUCCAUCCGAUAUCAACAUUCAUAAGACGUCAACUGAAUCAUUGACAUCCAGGAUCCGGUCAGCAUUGGGAAUUGGGUCAUAUCAUAAUGUCCCAUAUGGACUCAAAAACAAUGGAGAAAAUCUGUGUUUUAUGAACUCAGUGUUGCAGUGUUUGUCCAAAAGUCCAGGACUGGGGAGCAGGCUUGAGUCUCCUAGCGUACAGUCAUGUUGUUCACCGAUUGUAGCAGACCUUGUGAAAUCAUUCUCUGAACUCCUCUAUGAACUGAGCCAUAAGCGUGGCUAUAAACUCAUGAGUGUCUCAGAUGCAUCAACGUUUCGCCUCGCAGCUAGUUUAGUUGAUGCGACAGUGGUGGCGCCACCAGACACUGAUGACAGUCAACAGAAUCAACAGGAUGCAGCCGAAUUCUUAAUGUGGCUCCUGGAUAUUGUUCAUACUGGAACCAAUGCAGCAAUCAGCGGGCAGAAUGGCGCUAUGAUCGGACAAUCUAAGGCAGCAGCUGACACUGAAAUCACCAACCCGACCCUGGCCACACUGAGGUUUAUCUAUGGUGAUCUCACUCCAAAACGUAUUGAGGACAUGAAGCACAUCUGUUUGAAAGAGAUUGAGACUGCGAAUGGACUGGACAACAGCAGCCAUGCAGAGGCAAUGCAGCGGUUGUCUGAUCUUGAGUGGUUAUUACACAAGCAACAGAACAAGUCGGUUAUCGAUGAUCUCUUCACUGGACAAUUAGUGGAGGCACAACACUGCCUUAGCUGUAAUCGUGUAUCAGUCGGUAUACAGACAUUCAAUAUUCUACCCGUCCCAAUCGUAGAAGCACGAGAAGUGUCUGGGGUCGUCUACCUCAUGGACUGUUUCAGUAAGUUUGGUAACAUGGAGAAUCUGUUUGAUUCCGACGGACUCCAGUGCCCAUGCAGCAAUAAGAACCCCGACACGCCUCCCGUCUUUAUCAACACUCCCACAAUGAAUGCAGCACCACCCGCUAAAGGCCCGACAACUCAUGUGGGGCGGCUCUUGAGUCGAGACUCUGCUGUAGGGUCACCUGUCGCGUCAUCGCAUCCAAUGUUCAGUCAGUCCACUCUCAUGUCGCCGAUCCCGAGUGGUACAGCGGAGGUGUUCAAUGACAGUGGGUUCCAGGAUAAUCAGUACAAGACCUCCACGCCAAUUUUACAUGAGCGCAUCCGCAGCACUGAGAUCAGACCACGGAACUUGACUAACGGUCAGCGACGCUCACUUCUCCGCCAACUGCCCGAGUGUCUCGUGGUGCAGUUGUUACGGUUCCGUUAUAACUCGGCCAUGCGUGAUUUAUGUAAGAUUCACACGCCUGUAAACAUUCCCCUCAAGAACCUCAACUUGAACAGUGUUGUGUUUGAUUCAGUAGUGAAGCGCGAGGAUCUGACAGCGCCACCUGAAGGAUAUGAAUAUGACUUGUACGCCGUGUGUCUCCAUCUGGGAGCAGGUGCGACCAACUGUGGUCAUUAUAUCGCGUACUGUAUGGUGAGUGAUGGUACGUGGUGGAAGUUUGAUGAUGACGAGGUCACACAGGUCAAUAUGGAGUUUGAACUCAACAGUCGCUUGGUCAGGGAAAAUGCUUACAUGCUUUUCUAUAAACGAAAGAUUGUAAGUUAGACAGGCGAGAAAUCGUUGAACACAAACUACUCGAUGAAUCAACUGCCAACACUUUUUAGAAAUAUAAUUUGGGUAACAAUGAUAAUUGGUUGUGUUUAGAAUAUGACAAUUGAUCAGGAUUUGAUAAUCGACUGAAGCCAUGAUUUGUAAAAUUCUGUCAAUCUAUUGGAAUUUUAGUCGUUGUGAGGUGUAGAGCAGGGUUUAUUUUGUUUCACCAUCAAUCAUGGACCUAAGAUAAAGGACGAGAAAGAUGGGUUAACCAUGCAAAAGUGGCCAGGUAUAAAUAUCAGGACUGAAGAUUCAGUGUGUGAAAAGCAACUGCUAAGCAGAAGUGCAUUUGUAUUCUUAAUAUGUACAUACAGGUAGAUUAUUUUAAGUGUAGGUUUUUGUUAGGUUUCGCAAGGAUUUUAUUUGACCCGAAAUGGAAUUUGAGAUAAAGUACUCAAAUGGUGGCUGUUUUAGAAAUAAGUAUGUAAUGUACAAUGGUUCAGCAUGGAUGGUGCUACUAACCAGUUAUCACGGCAAUCAAUGCCAAUAUUUUAGGAAAAAUGAUGCCAACUCCUUGGUGACUAAAAUAAAAAGCGGCUAUUGUAACAAACAGUUUUGUAAAUCGAUAUUUUCUUUCAUGUCGAUGAAAUAUUCUGACUAUCGUUCAGUCUGACGUCCUGUUGGUUCUUUUGUAUUGUAAUCAUUCUCAGGAUUGUGUGAUUGUCAUGGCAACUGUUGGAGUAAAGAUUCUUCACUUGUGUAUCUUUAUCAUUUACAAGGAAAUUGCUAAUUUGAAAUAUAUUUUGAUAACUUUUUUACAACCUAACAAAAUACAAAAUGAUCAGGUGUUGUGAAAUUCAAAUUGAAUUGCUAUUCUGAAUGAUAGAUAAAAGUCAUUGUACAUGUAAUUGUGAACAUUUCAGCUGUAAAGCACCCUUGUGGUCGAGUACAACAAAAGCUCAAAGUCGGCUGCAUUCCAUAUCAAUGUCUGUUUGGUUACCAGGCAACCACAUUGGGAUGUUAAGAGAGGUUUCGCAAUCUGUUGGAACGUGUCAUCAAGUCCUGUGCUAAUUAAUUUUCAACACUCGUAAAUCAUCAUUUAUACUUGGUUGUAACGAGAAUUGGGGCGAUUUUCAAAAAGUUUGUCUAUGAAAUAUACUUGGUUAUUCGUAGCUGUUUGUUUGACUUGGGAUACCUGCAGGAGGUAUGCACAAGUUCAUAGCUGUUUGUAUAACUUGGGAUACCUGCAGGAGGUAUGCACAAGUUCAUAGCUGUUUGUUUGACUUGGGAUACCUGCAGGAGGUAUGCACAAGUUUACAACUGCACGACAAAACUUUUUUCAAGAAAUGCAAAA